AUGCCCAUUAUUCUUCAGUCUGCCCUUGUUUCCAAUCUCUACUUCCUUUCCCAGCUGCUACACAGAAAGUAUGCCAGAAACUUCAUUGUGGAUCUGUUGGGAAAAUGGAAGGAAUCUGAAUAUGGAGGCGGUCACUCUAUUCCCGUUGGUGGCAUUGCAUACUAUAUAACUGAACCCUCUAGCUUAGCUGAUAUGGCAGCCAAUCCUUUCCAUGCACUGUUCUACCUGGUGUUUAUGCUGUCAGCCUGUGCCUUGUUCUCCAAAACUUGGAUUGAAGUCUCUGGUUCAUCUGCUAGGGAUGUUGCCAAGCAGUUGAAGGAACAACAAAUGGUUAUGCCUGGCCAUCGGGAAUCAAACUUGCAGAAAGAGCUUAACCGAUACAUUCCCACUGCUGCAGCAUUUGGAGGAAUGUGUAUUGGUGCCCUGACAGUAUUGGCAGAUUUUAUGGGGGCAAUUGGUUCAGGAACCGGAAUCUUACUUGUCGUAACAAUCAUCUAUCAGUACUUCGAGACAUUUGAGAAGGAGAGAGCCAGUGAGCUUGGUUUCUUUGGUUUCUAAAUUUAAGUCAUCCUUGUUGGUGACGCAAUCGGGUUAUCCUGCACCAGCAGUUUUGGAGUACUGAGGAAUGAUUGUAUGUCC